AACACAAGGAAAUUUCUUACACCGUCCUACACUUGACUCCUGGUACUCAUCCUUUUGGGGUCAAAGUGUCACUGUGGCUUCUUUUGCCUUUGUUUAAAGUCUUCUGUACCAGACCACCCACCAACCCUCCUCCACACUUGUCUUAAACCUACAGAGAAAAGAUUUGGUGUCUGUGUACCUGUAAACCCUUUUGCCGUUGGAUCAUUCUUGCAAGUUGGUGUUUGAUGAUCAAGUUGUGAUUUGGUAUACUAUGGAGAGGUAUGAGAUUGUGAAAGAUAUUGGGUCUGGGAAUUUUGGGGUGGCAAGGUUGGUCAGAGAUAAGUGGACCAGAGAACUCUUCGCUGUUAAGUUCAUUGAGAGAGGCCAGAAGAUAGAUGAACAUGUGCAAAGGGAAAUCAUGAACCACAGAUCGUUGAAGCAUCCCAAUAUUGUUCAAUUCAAAGAGGUUCUUCUGACACCAACUCAUCUAGCCAUAGUAAUGGAGUAUGCUGCUGGAGGAGAACUCUUUGGGAGAAUAUGCAAUGCUGGUAGAUUUAGUGAGAAUGAGGCAAGGUUUUUCUUCCAGCAAUUGAUAUCUGGAGUCAGUUACUGUCAUUCAAUGCAAAUAUGUCACAGAGACCUUAAGCUUGAAAAUACACUCUUAGAUGGCAGCACAGCACCUCAUGUCAAAAUAUGUGAUUUUGGAUACUCAAAGUCACUACUGCAGUCUCAGCCAAAAUCAACUGUAGGAACACCAGCCUAUAUUGCUCCUGAGGUCCUAUCUAAAAAGCAAUAUGAUGGAAAAAUUGCAGAUGUUUGGUCUUGUGGAGUCACCUUAUAUGUGAUGCUAGUUGGAGCUUAUCCUUUUGAAGAUCCUGAUGAUCCUAACAACUUCAGAAAAACAAUUGAUCGGAUCCUUGGCGUACAGUACUCAAUUCCAGAUCAUGUUCAAGUUUCCAUUGAAUGUAAACAUCUUUUAUCUCAGAUAUUUGUGGAAAAACCCGAAAAGAGAAUAACAAUCGCAGGAAUUAAAAACCACCCUUGGUUCUUAAAGAACUUACCCAUGGAACUGAUGGAAGGAGGAAGUUGGCAGAGCAAUGAUGUAAAUAUUCCAUCUCAAAGCACUGAAGAAGUUAUGUCCAUAAUUCAAGAGGCAAGAAAAUCAGUACAGUCCCCAAACGCAGUUACGCAUCUCAUCGAAGGCAGCAUGGAUCUUGAUGAUUUGGAUGCUGAAGUUGAAGACAUUGAAACAAGUGGUGAUUUUGUAUGUCACGUGAGUAGUUAAACUGUACGUACACAUCAUAGUGAUCAUACUUGGCUCUUGGCGGUCGAUCUGGAGUUGAAUUCUGUAAAAAGUAAUAGUAGUGUACCUAGAGAAGCACGGGAUAAGUUUUGCUAAUGGCAGAAUUAUUACCAAAGCAUCCAAAAAGAAAAUAUAAAGCUCGAGAAUACCAUGCUAAUUCCUCUUCGAACGGUGAACUUCAUUCCACGGGGUCUGGUUGUUCUGAUACAUGGUGUGGAAGAGGGUGUAGUGGUUCUUGAUAUUGGUUUGAUCCAUGGUGGUACAUCAGUAGGCCUAUGAAAGCACCCAAGGUUGAUGGGCAUGCUAUAGUCCAGCCCUGUUUUGUAAGGCCAUGGGUCAGUCCAGCUCGACCUUAUGGGCGGGCCUAUUGACAAAGGAUAGGACUUGGGCAAUGCUUUCCAAUUCCAGGGCUACCAUGGUCUCAAGCUCCGCCCCCCUUAUUAGUAAAACUACUGUAAAAGUGUAGAGCUUGCCUGGAGUUGCCUAAGAUUACAAAAAGUUUCUUAUU